UGUGCCACUUUCAGGUCUCCUCACACUGUGUGGGUUCCAUUUUGUCAUAGGGUCUGGAGAUUAGGGCCUCCCCUUGCGCUGCCAGGCCCGUAACUGCCAUGGGCCCCUGUACCCCUCCUCAUGCUGGGCCAGGUCCAGAGUGUGUCAUGGGUCCCGUACGGCCUCCCAUUGCUGCUGUCUCCCUCCCACACUCUGCCAUUUCCACUUUUAGGUCUCCUCACACUGCUGGGGGGGUUCCCUUUUGUCAUAGGGUGCUGUAGGGGCCCCCCAUUGCUGCUGCCCCCAAAGCCAAUUCUCCCCCCCUUUGGGCCCCUUACGCCCAAAAGGUGAAAUUUUGGUGUUUAAAA